CGAUACCCAUUUCUUUGUUUGGAAUUUGAUUGAUUUCUUUUGGAUCUGUUUUUUGCUUGUCCCCUGCCAAUUCGUACGGGACGCCGGUCAUACGUCCCUCGCCGGGCUCUGGUGUCAGCCCCUUGGUAUCGAGUCGAGCAUCUCGAGGCGCCUUGACGGCCAAUUCGUUUCCUGACUCUUUUUUUUACAUAUUCUUUUUUAUAUUCCCCAUCGCGAAUCAUCGCAUGUCAUCUCAGUAGAGAACCGCGGCGAUGCUUAUCGAUGGCGAGAAGUGGGCUUGUGAAGCUUGCGUCCGGGGUCACCGGGUCAGCAGCUGUCACCACAGCGACCGACCCCUCACCCAUAUCAACAAAAAAGGCCGACCAGUCUCUCAAUGUACACACUGUCGCGGUCUACGCAAGUCGAGGACAACCCACGUGAAAUGCGAGUGCGGUGACAAGAAGAAGAACAACAGCAACAACAAUAACAACCAUCAUAGUGAAUCUGACUCCCCCACCGGAGAUAAUCGCUUGUGCUGCGGCUGUACUCAUGGCCAACGCUGCACCUGUGCGCUCAAGAAGGAGCAUCACCUCGACCCGGUCCCGGAGACGGGCUUGCCUCUAGCACCACCAGCGGUCACGUCAGAACCUAAGAAACCUCGUUUGACAUCGACCAAGUCUGAGAGCACACUCACUGUCUUCCGUGAUGGCCAUCACAAGCCGGCCUACAAGCACAACGACAUGGCUCACAAGUGCGGUGUGCCGUACACCAUCCCCAGGUCUCACACGAUCCACUCCACCACGGAUAUUGUCCAGCGAUCGACAGAUGCUCUUGCGGGCAUCGGCCAGACCGCUGACAUCGGUCAAGAUGUCUCCAACCGUGUGGAUCAGACGCCCAGUGGUCCCCAGCGCCUGGUCAAAUCGGAGCAUGGAUCUCCUGAAAGCGCGCCCGUCCCGAGUUUGGAGCAGAUCAACACCCAAAUGCCGCCUCUCGAUAUCUCGUCGUUCUCCCCCUUUGGAACAACCGAGUCUCCUUUGACAUCGAUGACGUUCCAGGAUUCUUACCAAGAACAACCGUUCUUCACCUCGCCUGAGGCUGACUUUUCGCUCGGGUCCGCUGGUCUCAGUGCACCGCCGGUGGACUGGUCAAGCUUCCCAUUGUAUGCGUCCGACGUAUCCGCCACAGCAGAGAGCCAGCCUCCUUCCUACGCUAGUUUUGAUUACAAUGCGUUCAACAAUCACCCGGGCAUCGCAGCUUCGUCGUCCGGUGAUAUUUCUGAGAUUGAUGAAUUUGGACCGCUCCCCGGGUUGGGGCAGUCUUCCAACGAUAUCCAUGACCUCAACAGUGUGAGUGACGGUUCUGACAGCGAUCAGUACCGCUUCAGCUCAUCUUCCUCCUUCAUUGGGUUGCCUCAGGCACAGCUCCUGUCGUCAACCAGCCUGGAGUCGAUCAACAUCGAUGAUUUCUUGAAAUCAGCCAAUGAGUCGACGGCGGCGUUGGAGCACCAGCUUCAAGCCAGCAUGGGCCUGGAGUCAAAGCCCAUGCCGUCGCAGAGCGGCUAUGCGAUCCCGCAGGCGCAGCUUUACCCCCACGGUAGUGAGCCACUGACGAGCGAGCCGCUGCCAGAUUCGAUGAGCGGUAUCCCGAUGACGACGUCUCCUACCGAUGCUAUCUGGGCCCCUAGCUUGUAUGAUUCCGCAUCUGUGCCUCUCGGUAAUGAGCAGUCCUUCCCUCAGAACCAGUGGUCCAGCUAGCAUGGUCCAUACAUGCUGUGGGUCCUAUCGUUUCGGUAGUGAUCAUCAUUGGGGGACCCCUCUUGAGCCACCCUGUUGUAACAGCACCUCCAUACCGUCUGAGUGACAUCCAGAGUCUUCAUGACCUUGAUGAGAGAUGAUGAUAAUACGUGUUUUACCUUUGUCCCAUUAGCCAGUCUAA